AUGUCUUGCCAAAACGACAGUAACGGUGACCCUAGCACCAGUUGCAAUGCAGUUACCCAUGGCAAUGCCCCCAUAGUUAACAAGGAGAUCAAUGUCCACGGCAGCAUUAGAACCGGUGACUUAACGGGCGGAAAUGCAACUGGAGGAGAUGGGGGCUCUGCAUUCGCAUCCACCAACAUUUUCGUUCAGAACGAGAACACUAUACAGAUGGUCCUCGACGAUUUUGAACCUUCGAAAAUUAAGCACCGCCUCGCCACCCGAGACGACUUCCUUCGAUGUGAUCUCGCCCCAGCCUAUGGACAACUCACCAGUGAUUCAGUUCGAAAGAUGGAUAAAAAUUUGAAGGUCAUGAUCACUGCAACAGUAAUGAUGAUCGAAAAAAUGAAACCUGAAAAACGAAAAUGGAGCGCUGUUGAAACGGCCUUUUUGAACAAUUCCGUCGUUGAGCCUUUUGGCGAUGUUGUCAAUCGUUGCGAUACGUUAUCUAGCAAGGUGGCCAACAUAUUCAAAGUUGAGUUAUGGUUCCAUAACUUGAUCCAGGAUGCCGACAUCCUCAGUACGACCCCAGUCCCCAUCACGAAGCUCGCCGAAAUAGUUGCGUGGACUGGCGCCACAAUCACGAGCAUUGGUACUGUCUUCUACAAGAGCGAGAAGCACGAAAGAACGGUCGUAGAUAUAGGCAUCCUUCGCUUCCCAGAUCUCACCCAACCAUACUUCAAGGUAUACCAUAUCGAACUCAAGGCAUCCUCACGAUCUGACCGAUAUGCGCCCCUGCAAUACGAUUAUAACAGCAUUGAAGGAGCAUUCUAUUCGCGCAAAUUUAGGCCUCGAGAGGAGGUCAUUAGAAAAAUGAGCCCAGAUGUUGUUGAUAAAGCCGUGCAUGAGGCCAACGCUCUUUUCGAUUGA